GCAAGGGACAAAAGAGAAAUAAAUAAACACAGUGACCCUAAUAAUAAUCACUCUCCUCUUGCAGUCACCACCACUCUCCGUCUCUUUGGUCCAUUUCUCCCUCUCUCUCUCGCCAAAUACACAAAGAAGUUUGUCUUUUGAUUGGUCGUAACUCUCCUCUGUCCUUUUCAUUUGUCGACUUAUCCUUGUCUGAGGUGUUACAGAGAAGAGGAGAAUGGCAGGAGGGUGUGCAAUGAAUUGUCAUUUCUCGAGUGCUGUGAAGCUGCGAAACGACAUCGCUUCUUUGAGGCCUCGCAGUCGAGACUUUGCGUUUGGAGGUUCGGUUAAUAAGGAAAUGAAAGUCCCUGUUCUGCGGAUUAAGGAGCAAAGAUCGAGGCUUUUGAUGGUGGUUAACAUGUCUCAAUCUCCCGUUGAGCCGUCGUUAUCUAGCGUUGUUGCCGCUACUGAACCAACGAAAGGAGGAGUAGAAGAAGAAGGUGUUGGUGGUGGUAGCGUCUUACGGAAAGGCGACAAUGUUGGAAGCUUAGGAGCUGGUGAUGAACCGGAGAAACUUGUUUUAAGUGAUGGUGGCGGCGGCGGUAACGGUGGAUUUAACAACGGUGGUGGAGGAGGAGGUGGAGGAGAAGGUGACGGUGGAGAAGAAGAAGAUUACGAAGAGAAAGAGUUUGGACCGCUUUUGAAAUUCGAAGAGGUGAUGAGAGAGACAGAAGCUAGAGGAGCGACGCUUCCAUCUGAUAUGUUAGAGGCUGCUAAGACCUUUGGCAUCCGCAAGUUGAUUCUCCUUAGGUACUUGGAUUUGCAGAGCUCAGCAGGGUUGCUUGGGUUUGCUAUAAGGUCAUGGUCUUUGCUUCGUAACAGAAUGCUUGCUGAUCCAUCUUUCCUCUUCAAAAUAGGGACUGAGAUAGUCAUUGAUUCUUGUUGCGCCACUGUUGCUGAAGUUCAAAAGAGAGGGAAAGAUUUCUGGGCAGAGUUUGAGCUCUAUGUUGCUGAUCUUCUUGUUGGAGUUGUGGUUAACGUUGCUCUCGUCGGUAUGUUGGCUCCUUUUGUCCGUUUUGGCCAACCCUCGUCUGCGUCUAGUGGCUUCUUAGGACGCAUGCUUAAUGCUUAUAAUGCGCUUCCCAGCAGCGUGUUUGAAGCUGAGAGACCAGGAUGUAGUUUCUCUGCUCAACAGAGACUUGCUACCUACUUCUACAAGGGUAUAAUGUAUGGUGCUGUUGGGUUUGGAUGUGGCAUUGUAGGUCAAGGCAUUGCUAAUCUCAUCAUGACUGCUAAACGGAGCAUAAAUAAAUCAGAAGAAGACAUCCCGGUACCACCUCUCAUCAAGAGUGCAGCUCUCUGGGGUGUGUUCUUGAGUGUUUCUUCGAAUACUCGUUAUCAGAUCAUCAAUGGUUUAGAGAGAGUGGUUGAAGCAUCACCUUUCGCCAAGAAAGUGCCUCCUGUGGCUUUGGCGUUUACCGUUGGUGUACGGUUUGCUAAUAACAUCUACGGUGGGAUGCAGUUUGUGGAUUGGGCGAGAUUGAGCGGUUGUCAGUGAUAUUAAAAAAAGACCAAAACAAAACUCAGUUUCUUUAUGAAUAUGUAUGUCUAAUCUUAUGAAACCUACUAUUGUUGUAGCCCACUCGGUUUUGAUUUCCGACAUGUUUACAGAA